AUGGGUCAAAGGGACAUUUUACCAUUGGAAACGUCCAUGAAAAGAAAGAGAGGGCUUCACACUGCCUCGAUGUGUCGGCUGGAUUUGGACCCCGCUGUAACUGUACUGAAGAAGGAAGUUGAGCCCGGCGAAGAAGAUGCCCUUUCCUCGUCGAGGUACAUGCUGGGCCGUGGGGUGAAGCGCAAGCUAAGUGACUGCGAGGAUCCUGUGCUGGGCCUACCAUACCCCCAGCAGAGGCAGCUGGUGCUGGAUCUGUGCCUGGACAAACUUCAGAGCUGCCAACGUCGCGCUGAGCCCAGCCUUCACCGCUCUGUCCUGCUGGCCAACACCCUUAGACAAAUCCAGCAGGAGAUGAGGCUGGAGGGGGGAAACUGCUUACCUCCAGCGCCACCUGCCCCUACGCUUCUUCAUGCCUCCACGCCACGCCACAUCCCUGAACUGCCACCUGUGUCUUUAGACUGCCCUCCCCAUCUCAGUGGAUCACUGUCCCCAUCUAAUUCCCUAGCAACUAGUGAGGAUGGCGAGGCCCAGUUAGACUGUGCUGAAAGCAAACCACUUUAUUCCUCCCUCUCAGAUGAGGUAGAUGAGAGGCCAUCUGAUUCACUGUUUGGUUCAUUUGAGAUCACAAAUUCCACCAGCUAUCUUACGGACCUAGCGCUGGACGACAUCUUUGAGGACAUUGAUACAUCUAUGUAUGAUUCAUCCGACAUUUCUGUCCUAGCGUACCCUGCCCCGCGAGGCAACGGUGUGGCCUCUGGGAUAGGAGAUGAAGGUCUCAAAAACUUUUCUAGCUGCACCUCCAACACCUUGCAGCUUUGCCUUUCUGACCUCAGUGACCUGGACCACAUCAUGGAGAUCCUUGUGCGCUCCUGAACCACUCGACACACACAAUCCUCUCUCAGAUAGACAUCCCGGUGUUUUCAAGGGGAUAUGAAUAAUUAAAAAAAAAAAUUCAAUUUUUUAUUUAUUUUUAUAAAAAAGAACUGAUAUAUUUAUAAGAGGAAAAAAGACUGGCAUGACACAUACUUACUGUAGGAUGAAUGCACAUUAUUCUGACUUUUCAGGUGGUCAAGCUUAGGCAGCCAUCUUUUGUAUUUAAGCAAACUAAAAUGUAUAUGCAGGGACUUUGAGACAAAGUGUUACCAUUGAGACUUAUUUAUACAGAUAGUCACUCACGUUUAUGAAUUUUAAAGAAAACAGACAACUAUGAAAACUAGGUGGAUAGGUUCUAGCUUUUUGAUGAUGAUACUUUUAUUAUUUUUAUUUUUAUGAACUGAUCCCAUGAGUAUUUCUCAAGCAUUAAAUUUACUGUCAUUAAUUGUGGUGGAUCAUAACAUGCACACUUAACACUCAUACUACCUCUCAAAAACCAAGCGCAAGCUCUCUCCCUGUACAACGAUAGUCAUGGAACUUGUCUUUCAGUGGUUGUUUUACAGUAAAUUUUAAAAGUACUAGUAAUGGUCUGUGAUGAUGUCAGCCCAUGAAAGACCUCAGAAAUAUUCAGCCCAAAGCAACUAAAAAGGAAUGGUUACAUUCAGAAUUUGUCCUGCAUUUGCUUUCUUUUUUCUGGAUUUUCUGGAUCCUAGAUGGGAAGGAAUAACCUCAUGUGGUCCAUGAAGGUUUUUAUUUUAUGUUGUGUUAUUUUUACAUCAUAGAUGAUUGUCAGGUUGCAGACACUGUUUAACCCAUCACACAAACUUAGUGCCUACAAUGGAGGACGAAGACUGGCGCUGGUGGAAGUGCACACUGUGGACCCACACGUGGACUUGCCUGAACCUCUUUCUCUAACCCCACUAUUUCUAUCUUCUUCUAUGCUGAUUGUGCUAGUCUUUUUCACGCUUCAGUAGGGUUCUAAAGAAGCCAUUUCCUCGGAUGUACACAUCUGCUCCCACCCCUUGCACAUUCUCUGCAAAAAACGAUUGUGGAUAUCUGUGGAUCUUGUGGUCAAGCUGACCGAGCCAGAAUGUCCAGCCGUAAUAUCCUCAGACAUGGGGCUGUAUCCAAAUCCUUCACUCACAUUGUGUUUAUCGCUUCACUUGAAGUAUGGGGCAGUUUGAUGUACACUAGUUGUGAUGGUCUCGUUUGGUCUGUCUAUUACAAUGCAUUUAGUAGCAUGGUUGCCAGACCCUGCAGAUCUGCUCUGCAUAAAAGGAUGCACCGAUCCCAUCGAUACUAAACACAGACCUUAUUAAAUGGACUGGCCUGUUUUGAUUAAUCAGUUUUUGAUAAUGUAAUAAAAAAAAUUACUACUUUGUCAUUUUAUUUGAGGUUUUUUUUUGUUUGAAUUAUUAUUACAGAUUUGCUUUCUUGCACAUAGAACUUUCCCGAAUGAUUCCACACAGUGAAAUGUAUAGAUUAUACACUGACUGGUUUUAAAUUGGUGUGAUCAGUGCAUCCCUGCAUAAAAGUGUAUGACAUGGUUGGUUCUUUACUGAUCUUGGAGCAAGGAAGAGUCCUGUGGUAUAAGCAUGAUGUUUAUAUUGAGAGGAGAGAUGGUAGAGGGGGAGGGAAAGGAGUGGAAGGGGGUGUUGAGAGAGAGAGAGAGAGAGAGAGAUUAGGAGGGGGUUAAAGCUCGAAGCUCCUGUCACGCGGAGGCUCUUGCUUGUGGAAAAGGCCACAUUGAGAGUUUCACAACAACAGCUGGUAUGUGUGUGUGUGCACACAUUUGAGUGUGUCACUGCCAAACCCCACCCACCAAAAAAGGGGCCCCAAGGGCUCUAUUCUCCUCCCACCCAAUCAGAGUUAGUUAGGGGAGGAGUUGCAAGCAACUCGGAGUAAAACGGCUUCCCUGCUCAGGACUCCUACUAACACUAGCAAGACAUAUCUCUCAAGAAAUCUGUUUUAACUCUAUAAGGCUCCCCCCCCCCCCCCCCCCCCCCCCC